UAAUGGCUACAGUCUGGCUAAUGGUCCGUGGCCGCAGUGGGCCAGAGUUCCAAGCAUUCCCGUCGCUACAGCCGCACACCCUCGGGGAUUGCAACGCCAUACAGAACGCUAUCGAUAUACAUCUUGACCAUUUAGGUAUACUAUGGAUACUGGACAGUGGAACAGUAGAGUCGUUGGAGUCGCCGCGGUGCAUGUGUCCACCAAAAGUUGUAGUGGUCAGCAUACUGCUGAAGAAAGUCACGAGGAAUAUAGACCUAUCGUCCCUAACAGUGCCAACGUCGUUGUUGCAAAGUAUUGUAGUUGAAUACGAACUAGGAGCAAAGCCUUUCAUAUACAUAUCGGAUGCGGCGAGAGGCACCAUCCUAGUCCACGACGUGUCGACGGGUUCCGAGUGGUCAGUACUAGCGUGCGCCCCGGCGUCCGGUCUUCAACUAGCUUUGGUCAAGCAGGCACCGACACAUAACGUGCUGGUCGUCAUUAGGCUUCAUUACCAGGGUUUACUUGAAUUUGACACCGCCAGUCUCAGGAGAAAGACACCACUUGGACCAUCUAGAGUGUUUGGUGAGAAUUCGAAGCGCGUGUCACUGCUCGGCUUUGAUUCCCAUCACGUGUACCUGCGACACACCGAGUGCUCCGACGUGUUGUCGUGGAACACCAAGGAGGCUUACAACGCGUCCAACCUCCUCAGCAUCCAUUCUCCAGGCCCGCGUCUCACGCCCACCUCCGUAGCCGCAGACCCCCUUAAGCAACUCCUCAUAGUAUUGGAUUCAAAUUACGGAGACACUAUUCAUGCCAAUUUGCCAACGUAUCAUAGAAUAACCUAUAUUGGCCAGAUUUAA